AUGACAAGAAAUAGCGAUAGAUUUGAUCCUCAUGAACAUGAAAGUCCAAGCUCUUGUCUUAAUGUUGGUCAUCCUAUUGGAGGAAAGAGAAAGGGUGAAGCAAUUUCGUUGGAUUGCAAGUCAAGGAGUUUAGCCCAUCGUUACAUCUUAUUCAAUCAUGAAGAUGUCCAAAAAUUUAUAAGUGAGCAUGAAAAUUCAAAUUCCAACAAGAGAAAGGGGUGGAGCAAGGUAAAGAGUCAAGGCUUAGAUUUUGUUGAAUGUUUUAAGAAGCGUGCAUUGUUAAGUGAUAUAUCAGGAAACCUUAGGACGCUAUCCAGAGGACCAAAUAAAAUUGCACGAAGUUUUUCUGGCUAUGUAAUUAAUGGAUAUAGGUUUCAUACAAAAGGACGUGAUGCUAGACGUAAUACACAAAACAGUGGUGUGACACUAGCGGCAAUAACUGAAAGUUAUUCAAGUACCAAAGAUGAAAAUCCAAUAACACAAUUAAUAACAUACUAUGGAUUAAUUACAGAAAUAAUUGAGGUAGACUACUAUGGUAAGUUGAAUUUUGUGUUAUUUAGAUGUGAUUGGUUUGAAGUUGAAGAGGAAAAAUAUGGGAUGACUUGUGUUUACUUCAACAAGAGGUGUUAUGUGGAUGAUCCUUUUAUCUUGGCUUCUCAAGUCCACUAA